AUGUCGGACUCUGAUUCAGAAGGAGGCGUCCCCCUGAUUGAGGCUCAGUUUGACGUUGACGCUUCGUCGAAGAAAAGGAAAAGAGAAGCCGAGCCUGAAGCAAGCAAGGACAGCAAGAAGGCAGCCAAGAAGGCGAAGCGGAAAGAGAAGAAGAAGCAGAAGGCGAAGGAGAUUGACGAAGAUGAUCUGGAUCAGACGUUGGGGGUCAAUCACUCUUUUGAGCGCAUGGAUGGUCAGCUCCUUGCCGACUAUGUCAACGCGCGAACACGACUCUACGGCAAGGAGUUGAGCAGUGUGGAGCUCGAAGACAAAUUCAUAUCUGCUCGGACCGUGCAAGAUGGUACCAGCUGGACCGAGCCACGAACUACGGACAAUCUAUCUGCUUUUCUCAACAAGCAGUCCAGUACAUUGGAGCCGACACCAUCCAAGCCACCCGGAGCUCCGCACACGCUCGUGGUCACCGUUUCUGGGAUCCGAGCCGCAGAUGUGUGCCGAUCCCUCAAGUCUGGUCUGCCUAAACAGGGUAUCAAGAAUCCUAAUGUCGCUAAAUUGUUUGCGAAGCAUCUAAAGCUUCCAGAUCAGGUAGCGCAUUUGAAGAAAACCAAAAUCGAUUAUGGAGUCGGUACACCUGAUCGGUUGAUCGCACUUCUCGAAGACGGAGCGCUAUCAACGGCAAACCUGAAACGAGUCGUGAUUGACGUUUCCUACAUUGACCAGAAGAAACGCGGGAUUCUUGACAUGAAAGACUUGCACGAGGCUGUGAUCAAGCUACUUCUGAGGAAAGAGCUUGUUGGGGAAGAUAAGCAAGGUGGCGACGGAUUGUUCCUUUUCUAUUGA